AUGCCACCGAAAAAUACGAAUAUUAUUGAUGAAAUGAAUGAAAUAUUUGAACGAAUGCAUGCCCGACUUGAUCAACGUUUUCAACAACUUAUUCGACAAGUAAAUAUUCAUUCAAAUUCAAUGAUUCAUUCGCAAAAACAUAAAGAUAUUACACUUGUAUUUUGUCCUGUUAAACAAAAACAAUUGGAAGAAAAUAUUAAUGAUUUUGGUUGUUUAACGUUAUCAAAAUCUCUUCAUGACAUUCGAUGUUUGACUAAAUCGACAUCAACACCAUAUGCCAUGCACAGUAUUUCCACAUUACGUCAACAACCUAUGAAAAGAAUAACAGUCAAAACUACGGCGAAAAUUGAAGAUAAUAAUGAUACUAAUACUAAUAAUAAUGAUAAUUGUCGAAUAAUUGGAAAACAUGGACGGCAUAAAGGAGAAUUUAGUAAUCCACAAGAUGUAUUAAUUAUAACAAAUCCUACUCGAACACUUCUUGUUUCGGAUACGAUCAAUCAGAGUGUACAACUUUUUUCAUUAGAUACCGGUAUUUGUACAGGUACAUUUUUAUCACCACCAAAUUCAAAACAAAUAGCACUUCGUCGUCCUAUUGGUUUAUCGAAUACAUUGAAUAAUAGUUCAAUAUGUUUUGUAACUGAUUAUGAUCAACAUUUGAUCAGUACUUGGAAUAUUGAUGAAAAUGGAAACGGAAAAUUAUUGAAAAAAUUCGGUCAACAAUCUCUAUCAGGUCCGAAAGGACUUUGUAUAUCAAAUCAAUCACAACGAAUUGUUGUAGCUGAUAAUAAAGCAAAUAGUAUAUGUUUAUUUGAUUCAUCAGGAUUAUUUUUACAUCGUUUUGGUAAACGUGGAUCUGAACUUCAUGAACUCGCUGGUCCACAUUACGUUAAAUUUACUGAACAAGAUAAUGAUCGACAAAUAAUUGUAACGGAUUUUUAUAAUAAUUGUGUAAAAAUAUUUGAUAUAGAACGUCAUGGACAAUUUGUCACAAGUUUUGGUUCAGCGGGAAUGAACAAUGGUUCUUUUCAAGCUCCAACUGGUUUAGCUAUUGAUUAUGAACGAGGUUAUAUAUUUGUUUCAGAUUGGGGUAAUAAUCGCAUUCAAGUAUUCGAUCGUCAAGGUUCAUUUAUACGUAUUAUUGAACUGUCAACAUCCGAUAUGCCCUAUGGGCCACAAGGACUUGAUUAUGAACCUACUACUCGCACAUUAGCUAUUGCUAAUUCAGGCAAACAUUGUGCGAAUUUGGUUCAUAUUGUUUGA